CCUCGCGGGGGGGAGUCCGGGCUAACGCGCUGUUCUCGCGUUGGUUCUUUUAGCCCAAAAUAGUCGAUUUAAACUAGUUUGGAUGUCAAGUUGGUGUUUUAGGGAGAUGUCGGAACGGAUUUGGGGUGGGAACGUAGAAGGGAAGAGUUAGGGAACGUGGGGUGGAAGCCGGAGAGCGAUGAGCGGCUUCUCCCCCCCUGGCCGGAGACGAUUGGUACGGUCCCGGGCUCAAAUUCCGAGAAUUGAGCUGGUCUGAUUCUUAGAACUGGGCUUCUUAGAAGUGGUGAUGCAAGAAGUUUCUAGGAAAGCGCUACCAGAAGUCUGCAGGAUGUCUUGCUUGGCCGACAGCUGCAUCCAGUUUACGCGUCACGCCAGCGACGUCCUGCUCAACCUGAACCGCCUCCGCAGCCGGGACAUCCUCACCGACGUUACCAUCCUGGUCAGCAGGCAGCAGUUUCGGGCGCACAAGACCGUCCUCAUGGCUUGCAGCGGGCUCUUCUACACCAUCUUCACCGACUCGCACAAGUGCAACCUCAACGCCAUCAGCCUGGACCCCAAGGUGGAUCCGGAGGGCUUCGCCAUCCUGCUGGAGUUCAUGUACACAUCCCGACUGGCGCUCAGGGAGAGUCUGAUCGUGGCCAUCAUGAACACCGCCGUCUAUCUGCAGAUGGACCAUGUGGUGGACACUUGCCACCGCUUCAUCAAGUCCAGUGAUCCGACUGGUAAGCUUCCCAGAGACGAGUUCCUGGUGAGUCCGCUAGUUCUGCCCCAAGACGUCCACGCAUACCGGCCCCACGAUGUAGUGGACAUGUUGCACAGCCGUGUGGCGCCCUUCAGGGACGCGCGGCCAACUUACAGCUCCAGCAUGCUGAAUGGCGUCAGCACCCCUGGCAACUACCAUCUCUACGGGCAGUUCCCCAUGCCGGGGUUCCCCUUCCCUCUCUGCAAGCUGACAGAUGCCAAGAACGCGUUCGGCGACCUGUCGCGGAGCGGGAUCCACCACAAGCACCCGCACGACGCAGUCGCGGUCAGCAGGGCCGAGUACGCCCGAACGGUGGGCUCCUCCGGCGUCCUGCACGCCGCAAACUUCGCCCCCAGGGAGUUGGGGCGAGAGGACGAGGUGAAAAAGGAAAGCCACGAGGGGCUCGGGCUACCGCUUGGCCUCGGUGGGAGGAAGCGGGUGUAUCCCGUGUUGACCCUGGACUACCACAAAGACAAAGAGCACGUCCCGCCGGCCGAGGAGGAACUGAUCCAUCACCACUACCCGCUUGGGAUCUCUUCCGCCGGCCGCAAGAGCCUCAUGAGCAGCCCGCAGAGCCCCCUCAAAUCGGACUGCCAGCCCAACUCCCCAACCGAAUCUAGCAGUAGCAAGAACGCCGGACUCUCGCAGGCCGCCUCCGGCGCGCAGCAGGCGACGGCGGGAACGCAGGACCCCAAAGCUCGUAACUGGAAGAAGUACAAAUUCAUCGUGCUCAACCAGAGCGCCAGGGAGGACGAGGCUGGCCUGCGGGACCCCGGCCUGUGCUCGCCUCAGCGCGUGGGCCUGCAGCCGUACCUCCACCCCGGGGACUCGGACAACCUGGAGGCGCAAAGCACAAGGAAGAGCGUCGAGGAUCAUCCCGUGCCGCAGACCAGCCGACUCAACAACAUCAUCAGCAGUGCACCGGAUGGGUCCCUGAGGAACGCUGAGGGCCAGCACCCGUCGCGGUACCUGAACCGCCUCAACUGCUCGUCGUGCGGCGCCCAGUCCCCGCAGCACUCCGAGGUCUGCCCCUCCCGAUCGCGGCUGGGCGAGGACAUGGUCGAGAUGCACUCGGAGUACUCCGACUCCAGUUGUGAAAACGGCACCUUCUUCUGCAACGAGUGUGACUCCAAGUUUGCCGAGGAGGAAGCUCUGAAGCAGCACGUGCUGCAAGUCCACAGCGACAAGCCCUACAAGUGCGACCGAUGCCAGGCUGCCUUCCGCUACAAGGGCAACCUCGCCAGCCACAAGACCGUCCACACGGGCGAGAAGCCGUAUCGCUGCAACAUCUGUGGUGCUCAGUUCAACCGACCAGCCAACCUCAAGACUCACACUCGCAUCCACUCAGGAGAGAAGCCAUACAAAUGUGAGACAUGCGGCGCUCGCUUCGUACAGGUCGCCCACCUCCGAGCCCACGUGCUGAUCCACACGGGCGAGAAGCCGUACCCCUGCGAGAUCUGCGGGACGCGCUUCCGCCAUCUGCAGACCCUUAAGAGCCACCUGCGCAUACACACGGGCGAGAAGCCCUACCACUGUGAGAAAUGCAACUUGCACUUCCGCCACAAGAGUCAGCUCCGUCUGCACCUGCGGCAGAAGCACGGCGCCAUCACCAACACCAAAAUUCAGUACCGUGUUUCCACCGAUACCAUGCCCACGGACCUCACCAAGGCUUGUUGAAAUGGACAACGCCACGGUGGGCAGCUCGAUCCCCACUCCCCCCCACAAAGCUUGUGUACAAUCAUCCAAAAACGCUAGUGCCACACUGUGUUCACUGGACCCAUCAAAAUUGCCGUUUUCCGUUGUUUUGUUUUUUUGUGUAUGCAAAACACGUCUUGGCUUUAUUUGGAUCACAUUCAAAUUUGAUGCAUUGGUAGCAGUACUUAAGAUCUCCUCAUGGGCCAAAAGCGGUACCGAUUUCUUCAGUUGUGAUGAAGUUAUGUAAAAUUUCACAGUGAGUGGAUGUCAUUUAAAAGCGUGCCCCACUGCGUUCGCCGGACAAAUCAAAAUGUCGUCCGAUAUCCUGUUAAAAUUUUGCACUUUAGUAGCAGUACUUGAGAUCCCCAUCUCCACACAGGCCAAAAAUGGUAUCACUUUAAUUUUGAUAAAGUUAGGACAACUUUCGCUUUCCGAUUAUUUUUUUUUUUUUUUGUGUGUGCAGUGAACACAGGAAGCAGUUUUAUUUGGAUCACGUUCAAAUUUUACACAUCAGUAGCAAUUCUGGAGAUCUCGACAUGAGCCAAAAAUGGUGUCAACAGUGGCCAGCUAGCGCCCCGCUAAUCAAUAUGUCGUUUUCCAGUGUAUUUUUCUGACCUCUUUCAAAAAUGUUACGUUAGCACUCUAAAUGGACCAAAAAUGUUAUGUUUUUUCUUUUUUUGUGUCAGCCCGCCAUGCAAAGUUAACAUUUCAUCAUCAACACGGGUAGCAGUUUUAUUCAGAUCGUGUUAACAUUUUACAAGUUAGUAGCAGUACUCGAUCUCAAAAUAAGCCAAAAAUGCUAUCGCUUUCUUCACUUUGGGCGAAGUGACAACAAAUUUCACGUUCAGUCAAAAUGUCAUUCGAAAGUGUGCCACACUGUUUCUCGAACAAGUCAAAAUGCCAUCCAACUUCUUUUUUUUUUUUUUUUUUUUUUCCUGCUGUGCAGUUAAGACAGGUCGCAGUUUGAUUCAGUUCACAUCACAAAUGUUACACGCUAGUAGAUAGACACUUGUGAUCUCGAUAUGAGCCGAAAAUGGUAUCGAUGGUGGCCAUCUUGAUCCAAAAUAGCGUUCUCCGAUAUAUUUUACUGCACAGAACAGAGGUCGCAGUUUUAAUCAUAUUGCGUUAAAAUUUUAUACACUACUAGUAGUAGUCUAUUGCCACAUGGACCAAAAAUUCUAACUUUUGCUCGUGUCGGUCCUUCCAACAUUUAUUUGUGCACAGAACACUGCUCACAUUCAGCUUGCAAAUAAAUUUGACAUGCUAGAAGCUAAAAAUAUGAUAAUUUUCCUUAAGUUUGAAGUUACUACAUAUUUCUCAUCGAGUCAAUGUCUUUUAAAAGAGGCACACUGUGACACAGUGUUCACCGAACAUAUAAAAAUGCCUUUUUUUGUUGUUGUUGUUGGUGUGUGUGCACAGAAUACAGGUCAGUUUUAUUCAAAACGCUUACAAAUUUUAAACUGUAGCAGCAGUACUCUAGAUCUCAACACAAGCCAAAAAUGAUAACCUUCUUGCAUGUCAAUCUGACAUCCAAUGUUUUUUUUUUUUUUUUUUGGGGUGCUUGGAAUACAGAUCUAUUUGGAUCAUGUUCAAAUUUGAAAUGUCAGCAGCAGUACUCAAGAUGUCCACAUGGGCCAAAAACUGUAUGGACAGCGGCCAUCUUGCUCCUCAACCCCUUUUGAUGUGUACAACAAUCAUUCAAGACGCUAGUGCCACACUGUGUUCGGACAAAUCAAAAUGGCGAUGUUACGCUAACAAGCGUUAAAAAAAAAAAAAAACGGGUUUCCACUACAUGUGAACGUAGAGUCACUUUAUAUACGUACAGAUCUAUAUAAUAAGUAUGUGUGUUUCUAAGCUUUGAAAGUACACGUAUAAGGCUCUAUUUUGUCAGAGGAUGGAAUGUAAAAAAAAAAAAAAGGAGGAGAGGAUUUUUGAGGAGAUUAAAAAAAGAUAAUACAGUAUUUUAUAUCAGAUAACUUACUUUUCUGGAAACAUUGACCAGUGGUUAAAUAUAUUUUAAAAAUAAUUGGAGUUGUCUAUACAUUUUUAAGCACUGCCGUGAAAGGAGUUAAAAAAAAAAUUAAAAAAAAAUUACAUUUUGUCCAACAACUGCUUAUGCAUGAGCCACUCACUUGAGGGGUACGAUUAUAAAUAUAUUGUGACAUAUUAUUGUGUAUUUAUACAUAUUUGUGGGAUUGUUCUCUGCGGGCGGAGCCAAUCGUCUUUGAUGUUGUGUGGAUAAAGCGGUACAGACAAUGGAUGGAUGGAUGUAUAGGUGUUUUUCUUCUUUUUUUGUUGUUGUUGGAUUUUGUUUUUCAUAAGUGAAGGUUUACAGUUUUUGGUCAUUGUUAUCGCUCCCCACGUACAGUUGUGUAAUUGUCACUUUGUACAUAUACACUGGAUUCAAUGUGCCUUUUCUCCACGGCAACGCAAUUCAGCUCUAUUAAGGUACAAGCCCCCAAUCCUUUCCCUGUGUGUGUGUGUGUGUAUGUUUGUAUGAAUGUGUGUGUAUGUUUUUCAAUGCUUUGUCAUCAACCUUAAAAAACAUGCAAAAUGCAUCACUGUAAAUCUUUUUGGAUUUGGAUUUUCUAAUGGAAUUGAAAAAACUAUUGUACAAUGUCCUUUGAUGUAUGAAUGUAAAAUAAAGGUAUUUGAUUUGUAUGUA